UGCGGAAGAGCUCCAGAUAAAUUACCCCACAGUCGCACGGAGUUGGGUAGUAGCCCCCCACUCGCUAGAAGAUUCAUCUCUCUCGCAUUAUCAUAUCUUCUUCUCAAUCACAGAAAUGGAAGCCGCACUGGUAGCCAUGGCUGCGCACACCCUCAUCAUGUCUCCUCCCCACAUCUCCUCAAACCCUCACCACCCUCCUCCUCUCCUCCGCUCCUCCUCCUCCUCCUCCUACUUCCUCCGCGGCCCCUUCCUCAAGCUCCCCCGCCAAUCACUAAACUUCUCCCUCUCCGCCAAACCACUCACUAUCGUCUCCGCCAAGAAAGCAGUCGCCGUCCUCAAGGGUACCUCCAGUGUCGAAGGGGUCGUGACGCUGACUCAAGAAGACAACGGUCCCACAACUGUGAAUGUUCGUAUCACUGGGCUUACUCCGGGGCCUCAUGGCUUCCACCUACAUGAGUAUGGGGACACAACAAAUGGGUGCAUCUCAACAGGAGCACAUUUUAAUCCUAACAAAUUGACUCAUGGUGCUCCUGAGGAUGAAAUCCGUCAUGCGGGUGACCUGGGAAACAUAGUUGCCAAUGCCAAUGGGGUGGCAGAGGCAACAAUUGUGGAUAGCCAGAUACCAUUAAGUGGUCCUGAUGCAGUUAUUGGAAGAGCCCUUGUGGUUCAUGAGCUUGAGGAUGACCUUGGAAAAGGUGGACACGAACUUAGUCUGACCACCGGCAAUGCAGGUGGAAGAUUGGCAUGCGGUGUGGUUGGUUUGACUCCAGUCUAAUGGCAACUCUUGUUUUGAAAGCACUCUGUUCUGAGGUAUUGGCUGCUUGCAAGGCCAUCAGUGUAAUAUCAAAUUGAGGAGACAGCUGGUGUUAAUUCUUAUACUGAUUGCAGAUUUUCAUCAGCUUUAAAGAUAUUUCCUAUUCGACAAACUUGAGUCGUUAUUAGUGUUUGUGAGUUUGUAACUUGUUGCUUGUGUUUGAAUGCAUUAGAGUUGGAGCCACAA